GAUAUCAGAGGAGAAAGCGAAUCAUUGACGAUAAAUGCUUUCAGUGUCAGUGAACUGAUUGAAAGAAUGGAUACAACGAGAUUGGCAGUAUCUGCGACAAGUUUUGUUGUCGGAGUGGUGGCAGCGCUGCUGGUGAGGGUAGGGCUGCGAGGAGGGUUUGUGAAGGCAUUGACUACAGGAAGCUCAUGGAGGGAUAUGAAAAUGGUAAUGGUGGUGCGCUCAGACCUGGCGAUUGGCAGAAACAACAAGGCUGCAGCUCAAUGUGCUCAUGCUGCCAUCAACUGUUACAAGAGAGCACUGACUGAUGCACCAAAAGAUCUGCGCCGUUGGGAGACCCAGGGCCAAACCAAGGUUGGUUCAUUUGUUAAUUGGUUGAUUUGUAGUUGGAAGUGCCGAUGGCCGGAGCACUCCAUGAUGGACUUUGGAUCUGUGCUAGAGACAGUCCAAAUCCUGGUAUCCGGGGAGGCGGAGCUAAUGGAGGUGGCAGAGAAUGCUCAAGCUGAGGGGCUGGUUGCAGUGGUCAUCCACGACUCGGACUCUGCCAUAGUACUGGGUAUUGGCCCAGGACCUACCGCUCUUGUGGACAAAGUUGCUGGCCACCUCAGGCUCUAUUAG